AUGGAUAAACAUGGAUUUCUUUAUGUUUGUAAUCGUGAGUUCCAUGAAGUAAGACGAUGGAAAAUGGGAGAAUAUAACAAUGAAGGAAUUGUAGUGGCAGGUGGAAAUGGACAAGGAGAUCAACUCAAUCAACUUAAGAAUCCUACUUUUAUCUUUGUUGAUGAAGAUCAAUCUGUUUAUGUAUCAGAUCAAAUCAAUCGUCGUGUGAUGAAAUGGAGAAAAGAUGCAAAAGAAGGAACAAUUGUGGCUGAAGGAAAUCGCCAAGGAGAAAAUCUCAAUCAAUUGUCUGAAUUUACCGGAGUAAUUGUUGAUGAUUUGGGUCAAAUUUACGUAGCAGAUUUUGAGAAUGAUCGAAUAAUGCGUUUGUGUGAAGGAAAAGAAGAAGGUGAAAUUGUUGCUGGUGGAAAUAGAAGAGGUGAUCGACCAUUUGAAUUGAAUGGUCCUACGGAUUUAUCGUUCGAUGAUGAAGGAAAUCUUUAUGUUGUUGAUUUUCGAAAUCAACGAAUUCAAAAAUUUGAAACAACUUUGUGA